UUCGAAUUCCGUGAUCGCAGCAGACGUGUCAAGGUCAAUUUAAUGACAACGAUCCUAAAUCUUAGAGGAGUUUCGAAAAGCAAUACUUUCGGAACUCAUAAAAAUGGCGGGUUUAUCAAAAAAUAAAUUUGAUGUCUACAAAUGUUCCGCAAAUGAAGCCAUACAUUUCAAACUUGUUAGAAAGGAAGAAGACCUGGAUGACGAUACAUCAACAUUCCUACCGGAAAUGACACAUCAGGUCUUUGGAGAAAAUGAGAGUAUUUUUGGAUACAAGGAUUUGGUGGUAGAGAUGUACUAUACUGCUGCUAAACUGACAACAUUCAUAAAUCUACAAUACAUCACCAAAGUUUCACCAGAAUUACACGAAGGACUAAAGGCUGAUGAUGUCAUUGGUCAGUUACGAGAGGUGGUGCCCCCUGGUUUCCUAACCAGUAGAGAUGCAUUCCUCAACUCAAUACCGAAGGAUGCUGACUUCAAACCAUUUGGAAAACUUGUGCACUCUUUCACUGUACACAGAGAUGGGAAGGACAGACAGUUUGAGAUCUACAGGACGGGGAUAGAGACGUCAGGCUUCAGAGAGUACCACGAGAGACUCCAGACCUUUAUUUUGUUCUUCAUUGAUGCUGCUUCCUUCAUUGAUGCGGAUGACGAGAGAUGGCGCUUCUUCUUACUGUUUGAAAAGUACAUGUGUAAUGGAAAUCCAAUGUAUGCUAUAGCAGGUUACAUGACUGUAUAUAAUUACUAUGCUUACCCAGAGAAGUUACGUCCAAGAGUCAGCCAAGUGCUAAUCCUGCCGCCCUUCCAGAGGAUGGGUUUGUGUGCCGAGCUGUUACAGACCUUCUAUAAUGAUGUGUACAGGAAGAAGGAGGUGUUAGAUAUCACAGUUGAAGAUCCCUCAGAAAAUUUCCAGAGAGUCAGAGACUUUGUGGAUGUUAAGAACUGCCAAAGCCUUGCGUCUUUCCAACCUGAGAAACUCUUGAAAGGCUUCUCUGAGGAAAUGCAGAGGGAAGCCAGAGAAAAAUUCAAGCUCAACAAGAGACAAACGAGGAGAGUGUAUGAGAUUCUGAGGUUGAAGGCUACAGAUACAAGUAACAAAGAACAGUACAAAGCAUACAGACUCGACAUGAAAAGGAGGCUAAAUGCACCAUUCCAGAAAAAUGGUCGUGAUUUUGAUAAGCUGAAGAACGUCUUACGUCCAGAUGAGUUUACAGCCACAUUAAGCUCCAUCACCGAAGAGCAGAGACACCAGUAUUUAGAGACAACAUUUCAGGAAAAUGUGGAAAUGUAUAGGAAAGUUAUAGACCGACUAGCCACCUCUUAACCUGCCCAGUAUUGUCUGUUAACUGUGUCUUGGCAAUGGAUGGUGCUCGUCUGGACU